AUGGACCUGGACGAGCCUGCUUAUCCGCCGCCAGAUGGAAUUACGCCAAACUUUGACAAUCCAACGAAUAGAAAUGCAUUUGCCUUGGGCAUCCUCGUUGCAUGCGUCACAGUCACCACGAUUUGCUUUUUGAUGCGUAUUUAUGCCAGGGUUUAUCUGUUGAAAAAGAUACGAAUUGAAGAAAUACUGGCCGUGCUUGCAUAUGGGUGCUACUGGGGACCUGGCUAUACAGCGUUUGCCAUGGUCAGGAAGCCUGGCUAUUUCGUUCACCAAUGGGAUGUCCGCUGCCGCGAUUUCAUACUUACCAAUUAUUAUGUCUUUGUCUUUGGCGUCUGUUACUCAUUUAUCCUUCCGCUCCUCAAGAUAGCCAUUCUUGUGGAGUGGUGUCGACUGCUAGCCCCUCAGGGCUUGAGAUCUCGCACUGCCUUCUGGUGGGGAUGCAUGUGCAUCCCUCACAGAGCCAUCUAUGACCUCACCGUUCCGGGGAAAUGCGUCGACCUGUACAAAAUCCAACUCGCAUCAGCCAGCGUCCAUCUGACAUGCGACGCGAUCAUGCUGCUGCUGCCACAGCCUGUUAUUUGGACGUUGAAAAUGACGUGGAGGAAGAGGCUGGGCGUUUCGUUCGUCUUUAGUCUCGGUGUGCUGGCGUGUGCUUCCGCAGCACUUAGAUUGGACACGACGGUGAUCCACGCUAAUGCAGACGAUCCGCUGUACAGUCUGGCUCCCCUGGUUCUCUGUUCCAUGGCUGAGAUGACGUGCGGGUUUUUCAUUUUCUGUUUGCCCUGCAUUCCUAAGAUUAUCAAGGAGACCGGCGUCAUCCGCAGAAUCAAAAGUGCCUUGGGUGUGAAGACCACGCCCACCAAGCCUAGUGGAUACUCGGAGAACUAUGGAACUAGGGUGUCAGCUUAUGGCAGCGCCUCCUACAUGAUGAGUAACAACAACAGAAGGGACAAGCAGAAAGGUACUGAAUCAAUGGAAUACCUACACGAGGGUAUUCUCGAGGCAGGGGGGAUCAUUCGGACAACACAUAUCUCCAUCACGGAGGAAUCUCGCACUGCCAGUGAUGAUGAGAGCAAAAAGGCGGCCUGUCCGUAUAUUUCCAGAACGGAUGGUGUCGAGUGA